UCCUGUUGGUUUCACACUCUAAGGGAGGAGUUUAGUGACUCGAGGGCAGGCCACAAAUAAAACUAUCAGAAGCUGAUUUGAAAGUGAAACUGGGCAAAGUUUCUGUAAAGCAGUCGUUCCGCAGCAGCACUGAGACUCUCGAAGGUCUCUGAGCGUCGAGCAGGUCUGAAAUCUUACUUUAACUCCCUGACAUCUGAGUAGCUGGAGCUUGAUGCCGAGUGUAGAGAGCUGAGAAGAUGGACACCUUCUCAACGGGCGAGAUGUUCACCGAAUAUCGGCUCCUUAAGGCUUACUGUUGUAAAAAAAGGCCGAGGUCAAAGGCAAAGCCUAGAGCAGACGCCCCUCUGGGUGCUCUAAGUAAUUUGAGAAAAAAAAGCAGUAAGGGAGGAGGUGUACAUUUUGACGAAAGAACUUCUAGAGGAAGAGAAGUUCUCAGAAGUGCUGCUAUUGCAGAUUCAGAUGAACCAGAUCAAUUUGAGGAUGUGGCUGAGCAGCUGACCCACAUUGUGGACAGUACACCUCUUCCUCAGGACGACGUUGUUGAAGAUGGCGCUGACAACCAUGUCAUCCAGAGGCUUGUGGAGUUAUUGAAAAAAUGCGGUGACGAACUGAAUGAAGAGAUCCAGAAGGACCGUGAGCUUAUGGGGUACCUCCAGAACUCUUUCUCUUACGCCGCCUUUGAGAAUGUGGCCUCAGCCUUCGUCAGCAGUGUGGUGCCUAUAAGCACGCAGAAGGAAGAAGCUAGUGAGCAGAAAGCUGUGAUUGCCUGGACCUUUGAGAUGACCAGCAGGUUGACAGCUCUGGACCUACAGCCUAUGAACAGGGUCAUGGGGUUCGGGGCCCAGUAUCUGCACCAGCAUUUUGCACCAUGGAUUCAGCAGCAUGGUGGCUGGAACAAGGUGUUUAACAGUGAUGAAAGUGAUGAUGAGGUCCAGUAAAAAGCGACUUUACUUUGUCGGCAUUUCUGAAAUCCACAAGAUGGUCUGCUGCCUUCAAGAACAUCACUUUUUGAUUCCCUCCUGGGUGCUGAUCAGAAAGUUUUGCUUGUGUAGAACAACCUUUUGGUUCAAUCGGACCCCAAAGUUUGAAAACCCUGGACGAAUGACUUGUUUUGUUGAUUUUCUAAAUAAAAAUCUAUUAACAUAUCCUUUACAGAGAAAACAAAGGCAUUGUUAUGCAAGUUUUAGUGCACAAUUUCUGUUUAUCUGCUAAGUUUAUGCACAGACCACAUUUCAUGUUUUUUCAUUUGUUAAAUUCGGCAAAUAAAAAGUAAUUGUGCAUUUUCACCUAUCUGGCACACUAGCUAUCCACCACAUCUUAAGAUUUAGAGACAACUGCCAAAAAACAAUUAUUAGUUAAUGAUAAGACAAAGGUGUGUGUGUGGUUUGGAAGAGUGUUCAUCACAAAUUACUUGACAACGGCACUCGUAAAACACUUAAAAUAUAAUACUUUAUUGACCAAGAAUAGGAGACAUCCAUGACUGCAAGCACAAAUAAAGCAAGCACUACAAAUGAACUGUGGCAUUCACUCUGCUGCUUGGCUAAUUUAUCCAUGCAUAUUUCACACUAGUUUGGAAAUCAUGAUUAAUUUAUGCAGAAUACAUGUACAAUAACAAUCAGCUUAGCCCACGUGCUGCAACUUAAAUGAAAUAGAUUAAUGUGUGAUUACUCUUCAUAAGAGAUACAUACUCUUCAUAUGUCAAGCUCAUAGAUAGGCACAGAGAGGUAAUGCAACAAACGUAUACUGGAUAGUGUAUUUUUGUUGUUUGUUUUCUCACAUUCCCAAAGUCAAUAAUGUGUAAGCAGACUAACUCAAUGCAAUAAUAAAUGUGAAAUCAAG